AUGGCUCAUGAGCUUUUUCAUACUAUGAAGUAUAAGAGAGGUAGGGGUGGUUUAAUGGCUUUGAAAUUGGAUAUGGAGAAGGCUUUUGACUUUUUGGAGUUGUCUUUUCUUCUUAAAAUCCUUGAUUUAUUGGGUUUUCAUCCCACUUGGAUUAAUUGGAUUGGUCAAUGUAUUACAACUUCCUCCUUCUCUAUUCUUUUGGAUGGUUCCUCGUAUGGUAACUUUAAGCCUUCCCGGGGUAUUAGACAAGGAGAUCCCCUCUCUCAUUUUCUUUUUAUUUUAGGCUCGAAAAUCCUUUCUAGGUUGAUUUUGCGGGAUGUGGCUUUGGGUUCUCUUCAAGGUAUUAAGGUGGCUCCCUUGAGUCCUCCUAUUUCUCAUCUUCUCUUUGCAGAUGAUGUUAUGAUUUUUACUCGGGCUAAGGUUCAAGAUGCUAAUGCUAUUCUCAACUGUCUCUCUACUUACUCUAAGAGGUCUGGUCAGUGCAUUAAUUUGUCUAAGUCGGCUGUCUUCUUCAGAAAAAACUGCAGUGUUAAUGCCAUCUCAAAGGUGAAUGUAAUUCUCAAUCUUCCUCUUAUUCCUGUUAGGGCUAAAUAUCUUGGAAAUUUUGGUGGGGUUUUCCCCAAGAUAAGAAACAUUCUCAAGCUUCUCUCUUGGGACACUAUUUGUCAACCUAAAGCUUUGGGUGGUCUUGGGAUUCAUCCUUUGGAAUUUCUCAAUCACUCCUCAUUAGCAAGGUUGGGCUGGAAACUUACUAUUAAUGAUACUGCUCCUUGGGUUGAUGUUCUCAAAAGCAAGUAUCUUACGGAUAAUGUUCCUUUUUUGGAGGCUUCUUCUUCCCCUACUUCCUCUUGGCUUUGGAAGGGUUUGCUUAAAAAUAGAGAGGUUGUCAAGAAAGGGGCUUGUAUUUCUAUUUCUAAUUGUGCUCAUGUGGAUGUGUGGAGUUCUCCUUGGAUUCCUUUGAUACCUUAUUUCAAGCCUAGACCUAAUGUGAACUUGACUGAUCUUCCUGGAUUUUGGGUUGCAGAUCUUAUUAUUCCUGGUGCUAGAGUUUGGAAUAUUUUGCUUCUGCAAGAUCUCUUUGACCCCUUCACAGUUGAGUGCAUUCUCAGCAUUCAUCUACCUUUCUCAAUGAAUUUUGAUAAGUGGUUUUGGGCUCCUUCUUCUUCAAGUUUUUUCUCGGUUAAAUCUGCCUUUACUAUUGCUUGUUCUAUAUUGGGUCGGGUCUCUUCGUUUUCUUUUGAAGUUUGGCAUAAGCUUUGGGAUUUAAAGCUUCAAGCAAGGUUAAAGCAUCUUUUAUGGAAGAUAGCUUGA